AGCAGAGAUUAGCGUCCACCGCGUGAGCGAAAUGCCAGUAUUUCCUUCGGACAACGAUGCGUUUCGGCUGCACGCAGACGAUCCGUACGCCAGUGAGGUCCAUGUCGUGGCGGGUGCGGUUUCCUCGCCGUUCGGCUCCCCUCGAAGUGAGGACUCUCAAAUGCGUCGGCGCCGAGACGGGGAGCGCUUGUGCGUCUCCUCCGAUGAGUUUGCUCCUCUCUCCGAUCCGGGUGACGAAGGCGGCACCUACGGGGACUCUCACCGGCGGCCGUCGGUGUCAUCGCCGUUCCCGAGUUUAGUUGUCGUAGCUACUGCAGAUUACUCUGGUGAUAGCGCGACGAGUGAGAGCAGAGCGUCGCCUGCGGAUGCGCUGGCAGUGCCCGAAGACUCACCGUAUUUCUUCGAAUCGCCCGUGACAUCAAAUUCCUACACUGCCUCUGAAGCCCUCGCUACCUCUGAGGCUCUCGCCGCCGUUGCAUGCACGCCCGCGGUACCGGCGACGGGCUGCUCGAGCGAGCUGGGGCCUCAAGGCAGGCCCGCAGAGGCCGCUUUCCCCGGCGCGCUUCACCUACCGGGACCAGUUGACAAUCAGGGUCGCCCUGUGGACCCAGGAGUCCCGUCUUCGGGGAACCGAGAGACGUCGACACAGACGGAUGUCCCUACGCGUCCCGCCGUCACUUUGCUGUCUUCAGUGGGAGUCUCGCCGUGUCUGUACGGAAGGCCGUGCAACGGAGAUGUUCCGGAGUUUCCGAGCGGAGAUCUGCGUGCGAAGUCGCACGCGAAGGCUGGGCGGGACCCAGAAGCUGCCGAGAAAGCCUACGCUGGCGGCGAGGAGCUUGGGUCAUCAGUCUUGUUCGAGGAGGGGUCUGCUGACUUUUGGACAAGCGACGCGGGGUAUGCACGCUCUUUCGGUCGAGAUCGAGGACUGUCACGCAGAGCCAACAGAGCGGGUGGAAGACCGGGAAAUAGUGAAACGUCGGCCGCUCGAUCUGCAGCCACGAUGGCCGCCCGCUUGGCCUUCCGCGUGGCAGCUCGCGUCGCCACAGUUGCCGAGACACUCCACGGCCACUGGCGCAGGCUGCGAGCGGGGCCAGGCGGAUUCACCGAGGUGGAGGGCGGCUACGACGAAGAUCAGGAGGAGUUCAACGCCGAAAGCGAAGAGACGCCGGGCUCCCUGCGACGCAUGACACAGCACGCAGACAGCAGAGAAGCCGACGCAGCAGACGAGGGCAGAGGACACCGGGAGGGGCGCUUCUUCUGGAUAGAGGGACAGGAGAACGGGCGAGCGGGACACAGAAAACCCAGCGCCGACGUGAACAAAUAUGAAAAGUGGAAGUGCAUCGGAGUGGAGCAAACGAGUGCGGGUGUCCAUCCCCGUGAGAAUCAGCGACUUUGCUCUCUGGUCUUCGCACUCAUCUUCCUUCUGGAAGUCUUCGUGAAUUUCGACUGCGGCGCCGUUCCGGCUUCUUUGUCAGAGAUCGCUCUCCACUUUCGUUUGUCCACAACGUGGCAGGGCUUGGUGGGAGCGUUGCCGUACGUCGGCUUGACGCUGGCGUCUCCGUUUGUGGGCCGACUCCUUACAGUGUACCGUCCUCGGUCGGUGAUUAUCUCGACGAUGGCGCUGAACGUCGUGGCGAUGUUGCUGCUGAUUGUGACCUACGCCUUUCCUGGGACCUAUCACGAAUUCCCCGAGCCAGUUGCCCGGCCGUCUCCAGAUGAAGAGGCGUCUUCCACGACGACGGUCCAGCUGUCUGCAGGGUCGUCGAGUGACGAGGCACACAGCAGCGGCUACUUGUUUCCUUCGUUCCCGUCUCUGCCUGCAUUCGGCCUAGAUGACCUCACGCCCUCUGCCUGGCUUCUCCUCACCAGUCGCUUCUUCGUCGGCAUCACGCAGGCUGCCUUCGUCAUCUACGCCCCCGUCUGGGUCGAUGAAUUUGCUCCGCCUCAGUACGCAGCUCUCUGGAUGGGCAUCGUCCAAGGCGCCGCCGUCGUUGGAGUGACAGUCGGCUACUUGGCGACUGCGUUUCUCUGCAUCUACUUGCUGCUGGACUGGCGGUGGGCGUUCUUGCUCCAAGCGGUUGUCUGCGCUGCGUUGGUGGCGGCUCUCGCGGAGUUGCCUUCGGAGGCGAUCGAUGCCAGCUCCAAGAUGGACGAAUCGGGAUCCGAGGCACUGCAAGAAGCGUCCUCUGAGGCGGAGGACACGGAAGUUGGUCACUGCGACGCGCGACCCCAACAGAGAAUCGCAGACGCUCGCCGCUUCCGCGAAGCCUCGAGGUCUGCUCGGACUCUGGCGUUCAAACGCGGCGGCGCCCGCGGCGGUGUCUCUGAGAACCUGGGGGGGCACAUGGGGAAGGAUGACCGCUCCACGAGACCGGCGCAGGGUCUAGCGUUUGACCCGCGCUUAGCCGAGGCAGGACAAACUGACGAGCGGGGUGAAUCCGCGAACGCGGAGCUAGACUGGAUGCACGACAGUGCCGAUGAGACGGCUUUGCAUGCAGACGCGGGAUCCGGGGAGGGGGGUGCUCACGAACGGGAAGACGCACUGCCCACGUUGACUUUGCACUCUUUUUCGCAGUAUGACAAGACGCGGGGUAUCUACACACAGGGAGGCUGCGAGGGUACGCAGGAGACUGGCAGGCGAGGGAAAGGUGGAGACAGCCGCGGCCAAGACGGCGAGGUGCACAGAGAACUCAAUUUGCAGGAGAGUCGGCCUAUCACGUACGUAUCUCCGAAGGGGAGGUUUCCAGCAGACUCGUCACACAAGAGAAGCCUGCCUAGACGGGAGCUGAGAGUCUUAAUGAUUGAGGAACAGGAGGAAGGCUCUGCGGACGACGAGAGAGAGGUUCACGAUUCGCGCACCUCUCGCGGUGGACACGGGUGGAGGGAGCGACGGGCAGAACGGAAGCGACGAGACGAAAAGACUCUCUCGGCUUGCGCCAUGAUGAAGCAGCUGGCAAAGAACCCGCUGUACAUCUUGCCGGUUUUCACGUUGUCGGCGCUGCUCUUUGUGGUCACUGGAGUCCAGUUCUGGGGAACUGUUCACCUUACAUCGAACUUGCAGCUCACGCCCUCGGUGGCGAUGCUGACCUUCGCUGCAGUCGCCGCCAGCGCGCCGACAGCAGGCGUCAUUGGAGGAGGCAUCAUGGUUGACAGGCUCGGGGGCUACAAGACUCUGGACGCGAAACUAAAGACGCUCCAGGCUUGCCUCGCAGCAGCUGCAGCGGCAGUGGUUUGCGGUUUUGUUGGAGCGGUGACGACGGACGCUCUGACCUUCGUCCUUUCUCUCUGGUUUCUCCUGUGCUUCGGAGGCGCGCUGCUCCCGCCUCUAACUGGCUUGCAAAUCGCUGCUGUAGAGACACCACUCCGGACCUUCGCUAGCGGCUUGUCCAUGUUCACGUACAACAUCUGCGGCUACGCUCUUGGCACGUUUCUUCCCGGCGCCGUGAUGGACUUCGUUAAAGGUGAUACCGUCGGCAUGAGACUUAUUCUCUUUUGGUCUCUCUUCGGUCUGGUCGGGGUAUUCAUGACGGCAAUGUCGGCGCGGCGAAUGCGUGAUGAGCUUGCGGCCACGAAUGAUUCGCGCACCCCUUCAAAUCAGGAGGCAUCUUCUCGCAUUCCCGCUCUUGUUCUCAGUCAAUGA